UUAUAGAUCGUACCAGUAGCUAACAUAUACUCGUAGUUUUACGAAUGGCAAAUAAAUUAAAAUUUAGUUUGUAUAAUCUUUUUUUUAAAAAAAAUAUAAGGCAUGAAGUUGCGUUACAACUACUCUUUAUUAGCUUUAUUCUUCCAUCGCCCCCACACUCCGACAUUUCCCAUUUCCUUUCCUUUUCAUAUUCUUCCUUUCUUUUCUUUCUUUCUUUUUUUUUUUUUCAUCUGCCAAUGCCAUUCCCAUAAACAAAAAAAAUUCCUUAAUCAAAUCUCCAUUUUUCAUCUUCGUUUCUCAAUCCAUGGCGCCAUCUCCCCGAUCUCUCUGCAACAAAUUCUUCGCUCUUUUACUUCUCAUUGUUCACGUCGGCUGCUUCCUUAUCACCACCGCCGACCACCGCCGCCGCCGCCACAACCACCACCGCCCUACUCCCUCCUGUUUGAAGCCACACAAAAUCAAAUCCCUAACUUCCUCAUUUUCAUUUCUCAAACGAAUCUUCUCUUCAAAAACCUGCAAAAUGGCAAUCGAAACCGCCCGCCCGCCUUCCACUCCGGCUAGAUCAUCGCAGCAUUCAAUCGUUACACUCGUCCAACCGGAGAUUCCGCCGCCGCCGCCGCCGGCGGAGACUCAUCCUCCUACCGAAACGCCGCAUGAUUCAGACAUCACUACAACAGAGACGAAUCAAUUUUUCCCUCUUCGUAACGAUAUCUUCCCUUGUACUGCUUGCGGUGAGAUUUUCCCCAAAUCGAUACUCCUCGAACAGCAUCAAUCGAUUAAACACGCUGUAUCGGAGCUUGCUGAUUCGGAUUCUGGUAAGAAUAUUGUUCGGAUUAUUUUCGAAACUGGAUGGACGAGUAGAGAAAAAAGCCCUAAAAUCCUUCGAAUCUUGAAAAUCCACAAUAGUCAGAAGAUUCUCUCCAGAUUUGAAGAAUAUAGAGAAUCCGUGAAGGCGAAAGCGGCUAGACACGGCGGCAUAAAGCGGCGGGAUGAGCGAUGCAUUGCCGACGGGAACGAGCUUCUGAGAUUUCACUGUUCGACGUUUUUGUGCGAUUUGGGGCAAAAUGGUAAUUCCAGCCUUUGCGGGCAGCAAUUUUGUAGUAUUUGUGGGAUAGUUAAAUCGGGAUUCUCACACAAGUUGGAUGGAAUUUCUACGCUAUCGAGUAGCUGGAGGGCACACGUGGCAAUCCCUGAGGACAUCGAGGAAGAGUUCAAGUUUCUGAAUGUGAAGCGGGCGAUUUUGGUUUGCCGGGUUGUGGCGGGUCGGGUCGGGUCCGACGCCGAUGAGCCGGAAAAAGACGGCGGAGGCUUUGACUCCGUCGUUGGACGGAGUGGCAGUGGGGCCCAGGCCACGUUGGAUGAAGAAGAGCUGUUGGUUUUUAAUCCGAGGGCUGUACUCCCCUGCUUCGCGAUUGUAUAUGAAAUCUGAUCUGGAUGAUCGUACGGUUGCCGUUUGAUUAGUUGAUUGAUAAUUUUUGCCUUGGUUUUGAUGUGAUUUGUAGUGGUGGAUGUUAAAUUAGGUACUUUUUUUCCUUUUUUUUUUUUUUGGGUUUAAUGAAACUGUAUGUAAUUAUUAAGUCAAGUGUUAUUAGUCUAAUUUCCGUACUGUUUGACUGUGGGUCAAACUCAAAUAUUCAGUAACCCGUGGCAUUAGAGUAACUAGGUAAUAGAGAAAUAAUUACUUUAUAGAUAAUAGUUAGAGUUACUUGAAAUAAUGCAAGUAUGAUAUAUAAAAUAUUGAAUCCUUUAGUUUUAA